GGACAAGGCCACUCAGAGCUCAGAGUUUUGGUGAGCGAUCAGCGAGCGUUCCCGUCGGAGCAGGUCGGAGCAGAAUCAUAAGGUGUACGGAACAGCUCAGAGAGAUCAGGCCGUGGCAGUCGUUCCUGCAACCAGAAGGCUCCAUGGCAAGCUUGUCCGAGGCUUGAACGACCGACUGGCCCGAGAAUGCGACCCUCGUGGUGGCUGCUGCUGGCAGGGCUGCUGGUGGCGCUUUGCCAGGGUGUCGCACCCCAGCUGCUCAUCAACGUGAAAAACCAGGGCGGCGACGUUUUGCAAGAGACGAUUGCUGCGAACGUGAGCGAGGAGUGGGUGAGCCUCGAGUUCCAGCGCUCCGACGGCACCCUCGUCACCCAAAUGCUCGACUUCAAAAACCAAGUGGAAAUCUUGAAAGCGCUGAUUUUGGGCGAGGAGGAGCGCGGCCAGAGUCAGUACCAGGUCAUGUGCUUUGUGUCGCACUUUGACAAGGCCGAGGGCUUCAUCUCCCCCGACGCGAUGGCAAAGUUGCGGCAGAAGAACCCGUCGACGGUGCGCACCCCCGAGGAGGACCGCGGCCGACACAACACGUCCAUGGACGGCCUCCUUGAUCUGUUUGCCGGCGCCAAGAGCGUUUCGGCACUGCUGCCCUCCGUCUGCGCCGAGGCCAAGGACGCCACCUACGCGCCUCUUGCCGACCUCCGCAUCUGGAGCCAACUUGCAGGUAAGGACCUAACGCAGCUGUUGAAGAUGGUGCCAAAAAAGGGGGCCGAGGGGGCGCCGAGGUGCGCGCACGUGUCGGACACUAAGCGGCACUGCACUUGCCACCUCGAGUUGUGCAUCGGUUGGUAUCCGUGCGGGCUCAAGUUCUGCAAAAGCAAGGACAGCAGCGGCAAGAUGGUUUCGUACCGGUGCGGCAUCAAGACGUGUCGCAAGUGCCGCCUGUUCGAGUACCCCGUCCGGCAGAAGCAGCUCUGCCUCUGGGACGAGUGAACCCCUAAUCUUGCCCAUUUCCAUUGCAAAAUAACGUUGGACCAACUCGCGCUUCGCUAGUUUGCCAGUUAGACACACCCUCUACUUUUUUAUACUCAUGAGAGAGAGAAAAAAAUUACAUUUUUUGCAGCUUCAUUCGUUCGACUCGGCUGUGUUAGCGUUGUAAAAAGGCAGGACGAUUUCGAUCAUCGGAAAAAUCCGCCACACGAAUUUUGAAACUUAUUGAUUGCUAAAAAUUUACGGUUGUUGACGAAAGAAAAGUCAACAUAUUGCGCUUUGAAAUAGUUGUCCGAACAAACCCCUGUUGAACUUUAAAAAUUUGGGUUUCUUUUUGCCCGGAACCCAUUUUUCCAAGUAAUUUUGUGCCAUGAAUUUUCCUCAAAAAGGGUCCAAAAACCAUCAUGAAAUCAAAAUUUUAUGUUGAACCUUUAUUCUAUUUCCGGGAGAAUUGAAAUAAUUUUUUGCUUAUAAAUAAAUUUGAGGAUAAUAUAUUAGAAUAUGUUUGACUCCUCUUAAAAAUAAAACUGAUGAAUAACAUUUCGGACCCUUUAAAUAUAGAGUUUAUUGUUAGUUCCGACAUAGAAUGAAGGAGACAUUUAAGCAGAUGAUAAUUUAUUCACCGCGGUCCUCGGAGGCUCAUUAAAAUCGAAUUUUAUUUUCGUGGCAGGCCUUACAUUAAGAAUGCGUUGCUUUUUGACGGGGCCUUAAUUAAACAAUCACUAAACAUGCGCUCAUUUCCAUUACUUCAGUACCGAGCCGCGUCGCAACCCUGUUUUAUUGACCGGGCCUCGUUUGUUCAUUUGCAUUGCAAAAAUGUUGCAUAAACAAUUUCAUGUUGGAAGACGAAAAAACAACAAACAAAACCCGCCCUUGAGUUGGGAAAUCGCUAGUUGGAGUAAAUAAUAUGAAUAUAAUAUUGAAUAUUCAGCUUGGCUUUGUGAACCACCAAGACAUGUAUUCGUGAUUUUGCAAUAUUGGUCAAAGAUUUCAAAUGACGUAAAUUGUUACGGUGUUUCUCUUUCUCUCUCCGUCAUAGUAGUUGUUGUAGACUUUCCGGAACAUCUAGAUGUCGUGACAUAGAAUUUGCAUUCUUCAAAAUUUACAUUCAAAUUAAAAUGGUGCAACUGUCAAUUACUGUGUAAUCAAUGGCCUAAUUUGAUCUAAUUGAAUUUUAAAAAUCACUUGAAUCUGAAUUUUGUUACAGAAUCGUAAGUGUGAAAUUGAAAAGAAAAACUAAAAUUCAUCAGCUUGUUCCAAUUAGUCAAAUGGGCCAAUUGUUCUUGCAAGCUUGAAUUUAUAUAAUAAUUAUACUAUAUACUCGUUAAAAAAGAGUGCAACAAGACUUUAAAAAGUGUAACAGAAUUUCAUAACAAUGAAUAAUUGGUUAAAAAUACUUAAUAUUAAUACUUAAAAAGGAAUUUACCAAAAAAUAGGGCCUGUCUAAAAGGAAAGAAAUUGUAGAUGGUAGUUCAAAGGAGACUGUAUACGACAAGGAGCAGAGCAAACAGCAAGGCCUACCCCCAGAACAACGUAUUUUUGGCUCCAAACGUAUUGUGCCAUGUAAAUGUAAUAAUGCCCCUUAUUUAUUUCAAUUUUCAACCUAAUGAAAAUCCAUAUAGUUAAAUUGAAAACAACUGAGCGCCUGGCUGUCUUUCAGUCUGUUUGUUAAACUGCAUGCUUUGUUGGUUAAUGCAAGUGUAUUUAAAGUGGAUUUGAACACAUUUGGAUUGAAAUUAAAUUAGAUAUCAACGGCGCAACCCAAUUUUAAAAGUUUAAGUUAAAAAUUGAAUUACAUUUUUCAUUGACUAAUUCCAAGUGCAAAUAUAAUUUUAUUCAUAGGGCAGCUAAAAAAUAUUUCUGGUUGAAAGCUAAUAGGCCCUCAGGUACUUAUACAGAAUAUUUUUCUUCAAUCUUGCUAUACACAAAUCUGAUUGGCCUAAACAAACUUCCACAUUGUUUUCUGUUUUUAACAAAAUAUUAAGGCUGGCAAACCUAUUGCCAGUAUUUUUAGUUGCUGUUCAAAUCCACUAAAAAAUUUAACUAAUGAUGCUGAUUUAAUAAAAUGCUACUAUUGUGUGUUCUCCGCCUAUGUACUAAAAGAGUGAAUAAUAAAUCAAGAUUGUAUUUCGUGGAUUUUUAUACAUCUCGUAAAACAAAA